GGUUGUUAUAGUGAUAAACUGAGGCCUUGCCUCUUGGCUUCUCCGAGAAAGAAAGGGGCGGGGGAGUGGGGGUUAACCUCUUUGCUUCUCCCAGGCAAGACGGAAAGAAGGGAAAAAGAAGGGGGAUGGGUAGAGAAGAGAAAAAUACGUGACAAAGAAAACAUUCUCUCCCUGGGAGGAGACUCCCAGAGGGUAUAGACUGGAGGGAGCAGUCACUGGCCAUGCCAGUACUUACCACUGAUGCUGAGUCAGAAACAGGUAUCCCAAAAUCCCUUUCCAAUGAGCCUCCCUCAGAAACCAUGGAGGAAAUAGAGCACACAUGCCCACAGCCUCGACUGACCCUGACUGCACCUGCCCCAUUUGCAGAUGAAACCAGCUGCCAGUGCCAAGCGCCUCAUGAAAAGCUGACCAUUGCUCAGGCUCGCUUAGGAACACCAGUUGACAGGCCUGUCCGAGUAUAUGCAGAUGGAAUUUUCGACCUCUUCCAUUCAGGUCAUGCAAGGGCGCUUAUGCAAGCAAAAACACUGUUUCCCAACAGCUACUUGUUGGUAGGAGUUUGCAGCGAUGAUCUCACACACAAAUUCAAAGGUUUCACUGUGAUGAACGAAGCAGAGAGGUACGAAGCUCUCCGACACUGUCGCUAUGUGGAUGAAGUCAUCAGAGAUGCUCCUUGGACUCUUACCCCAGAGUUUCUGGAAAAACACAAGAUUGACUUUGUGGCUCAUGAUGACAUUCCGUACUCUUCUGCCGGCUCUGAUGAUGUUUACAAGCAUAUAAAGGAAGCAGGAAUGUUUGUUCCAACGCAGAGAACAGAAGGCAUCUCAACAUCAGAUAUCAUCACCAGGAUCGUCCGUGACUAUGAUGUUUAUGCCCGGCGCAACCUCCAGAGAGGGUACACAGCCAAGGAACUGAAUGUCAGCUUUAUAAAUGAAAAGAAGUACCGUUUCCAGAACCAAGUGGACAAGAUGAAAGAAAAGGUCAAGAAUGUGGAGGAAAGGUCAAAGGAAUUUGUUAACCGAGUGGAAGAAAAGAGCCAUGACCUAAUUCAGAAAUGGGAAGAGAAGUCGAGGGAAUUCAUUGGCAACUUCCUGGAAUUGUUUGGCCCCGAUGGAGCAUGGAAACAGAUGUUCCAGGAGAGAAGUAGCCGGAUGCUACAGGCCUUAUCCCCGAAGCAGAGUCCUGUGAGCAGCCCAACCAGGAGCCGGUCCCCUUCCCGCUCCCCAUCACCCACCUUCUCCUGGAUCCCGAGCAAAACCUCACCCCCAUCCUCACCCAAAGCUGCCUCAGCCUCCAUCAGCAGCAUGAGUGAGGGGGAUGAGGAUGAGAAGUAAAGGUGGCUGUCAGGCAAGAGCCACACCACGCAGGAUGGGGAGAGGGGAAAUGGGGGAUGCCUGGGUGGUGUCUGAGGGGGGAGAGUCACAGGAGCUGCUGCUCAGGAGGGAGAUGCUGAGGAAAGGUCUUGGGAUGGGUUCUCCCUCAUUCUCCACACAGCCCAGUGUGGGCUCAGUAUGGAGGUUUCCAGCUGGACAACCUGUACAAUCUUAUCAUCUAGAACCACUCUACUUUAACCUUGCUGAGGAAAGGUGCAGAGCACCUCAAAGGGUCUUUCAUGAGGUGGGGUAACUUCUGCUUUGACCUAUAACCCCAUCCCCAUCAAGUAAACCACUUGUGGUCGCAGCUGUUCCCUCAACCUGCUACUUCUGCCUCUAUAAGGGCCCUGCACGUUGCCUCCUACCACCCAGAAGCUCUGCCAGAUUAAAUUCAUUUUCAGUAGAGGCGGCAAAGUGCUAUCGAAAUAGUCGAAUUAAAAGACAAAUUCCAGCCUUCCCAGUUGAGCCAUUAAGACUUGAUGUUGCGGUGCAUCAACUCAUACCAGUGGCAGGACCGUGGCUCAGAGACUAAGCCCCGCUUUGGGCCAGAUGUGAAAGGUGAUCUAGUGUGAACCUUAACUUCUCAUGCAAAGGACAGUUUUGUUGAAGAGAACUCUAUCUAAGGCCUAAUGUGUUCCUGGCUGUACUUUUUCAUCAUUUGGUUGACUUCACUUGUUUUCCAGAAAUUACCUUAACCUAUGAGAACUGCAACAAGGAAAAACAUCCUGUAUUGAAAAAGAAAGAGGAGCUACUUUUGCAUUACUCCAAAUUUGGCAGAUAAGAAGGGUCUCCUGAAGCUUCUCUUAAAGGACACAAUUAUGGAAUGCCUUUCCCAUUUCCGGCCAGUUAACAGUUUCAUAGACCUCAAGUAACAGUUGGCAGCACCAAACACAUAGUAAUUCAAUAGGGGUGCUACCUGCACGUAUCUGUUCUAUGUGUGCUCCAAUAUGCUAUCCCAGGGUGUACAUCAUAUGCAAUACGAAUAUGUGUUGGUAGCAUUUUCCAAUAUACUCCUCUCCUGCUCUCUAUCCUAAUACCCUGCUAAAAUUCUUGAUCUAAAGAACCAUUUUGUUCCCUUGUGACUUGGGCACUUAGUCAAAAGCUAAUGCCAGAUUCCCAUAGAAAUGUUUUGUCCAAACCAGGAAAUUACCAUUGUUUUCAUAGUCUACCAUAACUUUUUUGAGGGUAAAGGAAGGCUUGGAAAAUUUUUG